CUUUACUUCCUCUCAUUUGCUUCUCUCCACUUGUGCUCUCAUCGGUCACGGGCUCACGGCUUACGGCCUCUUUCUCGCAAUACCUAGAUCGAAGUAUCGAACAUUUCUGGAAUCCCUUCUGUAUUUGUCUUUGACUCUAGUUCUGCGAUCGAUCGAUCGAUUCUCAUGAGGCUGUUCUUCUGAUCGGAAGUGAUUUCUCCGAUUUCAGCGGUUUUUCCGGUUGUUUUAUUAAUGAGGUUUUUGCAGGGAGAGAUAUAAGUUUUUUGCAUUUUCUGGAGUUGAAAGAUGAAUUUUUUGGAGUGCAGAGCUCUGUUGUUGGAAAUGCAGUAUGGAAUCUUAGGGUUUCUAUGUUUUCUGGAGCUGAUUGAAGUGGUUAGAUAACCCUAGGUUCGGCUAUAUUUGGAAGAAUUUCGUGGUUUUAUCGUGAAUGUGGCUUUGGGUUAGUGUUUGUGGGCUUUUGAUUGGAUAAUGUAGCUCUUGGAGUCAUCCAUUUAGAAUCUGAUAUUCUGUUGGUCAAAAGAGGAUUAUUCUUGCUGUUUUCCGUAAUCUGUGUGCCCAAAGGUGGGGGUUUUGGGUGGAUUCAUGCUUAGAUGGUGAAUGGUAGUUUUUGGCUGUUGAAGUGGCCUCAAAUUUGUUCAACGUGGAGAAAUCGGGGGAUUUCCUGGGUGAAGAGCUGAGAUUGGAGGAGAAUCGAGGAGUUCUUCCAAUGUCGGGAGCUCCUAAAGUCAGGUCCAUGAAUGUUGCCGACUCAGAGGUUCGGUCGGUCCUAGGGCCUGCUGGAAACAAGACGAGGUCAACAGUUACAAGGAAACCUGCUUCCAAGCCUUUGCGGAAGGUGGAGAAAACGCCAGAACUUGCAGUGGAGGAGAAGAGAGUUCCUUCGCCUCCUGUUGCUGCUUCGCAUCCUAAGCUUCACUCGGUGCACGUUCCUUCAGUUUUGAGAAGGCAGGAGCAGUUAUUGCACUCUAAUUUGUCGCCCAAUGCUUCUUGUUCAUCAGAUGCUUCUUCUGAUUCUUUUGCCAGUCGAGCUUCUACUGGAAGAAUAACUAGAACGAGUAGCACUGCAAGCCGGAGAAAGCUAGUUGCUUCAAAGCCAGAUAAAGUUGUUCCGGAUAGUGUCUCCGUACCUCCACCUGAUACUCUGCAAGGUAAAAAGAGGUGUGCCUGGGUAACACCAAAUACAGAGCCAUGUUAUAUUGCUUUUCAUGAUGAAGAAUGGGGAGUUCCAGUCCAUGAUGACAAGACACUGUUCGAGUUGCUAGUCCUAUCAGGUGCUUUGGCUGAACUUACAUGGCCUGCCAUUCUUAGCAAAAGGCACAUAUUUAGGGAAGUCUUUUUGGAUUUUGACCCGGUAGCAGUCUCAAAAUUGAGCGACAAAAAGAUCACAGCUCCAGGAAGCACAGCAAGUUGCUUAUUAUCAGAGCUAAAGCUGCGAGCAAUCAUUGAUAAUUCACGUCAAAUUUGUAAGAUCAUUGAUGAGUUUGGGUCAUUUGACAAGUAUAUUUGGGGCUUUGUGAACCACAAGACAAUUGUCAACAAAUUCCGGUACCCCCGCCAGGUUCCAGUGAAGACUCCAAAAGCAGAUGUGAUAAGCAAAGACUUGGUUAGAAGAGGUUUCCGGAGUGUGGGGCCAACCGUGGUCUAUUCAUUCAUGCAAAUUGCUGGAAUAAUGAACGACCAUCUAAUUACUUGCUUCAGAUUCCAGGAAUGCAUUACCAUAGCAGCAGGGAUUGAAGUGGAUGGUAACAAAGCUAAAACUGAAGAGAAAGAAGCUGAGGACACGAUGGGCUCAGAAAUAACGAGGGCCAUGGAUAAGUUGAGUAUAUUAGAAGGAUGAAAUGAGGUUGCCCCUUGGCAGGUGAAUAUAAGCUUCUGUCACCUAUUUUCAUCCAUGUACAACCAUUCCUAGAUUGUUGGCUGCUCUGCUUGCUGAUGGUGGUGGUGGAAGGUAGGUUGUGUAUAAAGAAGAAGGCUAUGGAUUCUUGUGCAUCUUGGUUUGUAGAUUAUAGGAGGAGAAUUCUUUAUCGAUGAUUAUGAUGUUAGGGUAUGUAGCAGAGGAGCCUUCUGAGAUGGAUGUACACUUGUACAGUGAAAGGAUACCCAAGCAUAUUUUUCCUUUUUAAACACGUUAUCCUUUCUUUGAACCAUGGGCUGGGUUUCGUCCGUCCAAUGUGAAUCAUGUAAAUUAUUGUGGAUGCUCCAAUUUAUGAUGGCGAUGGAUCGAGGGACACGAGGGCCUCUCUGUUUCCUUU